UCGUCGUGUGCUACGUGAGAAAGUGAAAGGAAAUUAGUAAACGCAACGUAAACACUCUUGGUGUUACGUUCCGCGGACAACAACACGGCAGCGCGCGAGUGCCACAUCGAAACCUUUUUGGGGAGUCCGUCGUAGUGUUGUGUUAAUUUUUGGAAUUUUCUUGGUCUCCGAUCAGAUUCCGAUUCUAGAGCAAGUUUGCGAGAAGGUGAUCCAAGAGGACGGAGGCAAAUGCAGGGAAUCGGAGAGCCAGAUCAGGGCAGGCUGUUGAAAAUUAUUUUGGGUAAAGUUGACGCGUGACGUGACGCAAAACGAACGACGAGAGCUGGCCAUAAAAAGCAGAGCAACCAGGAAUGGCGUUAGUGUUGGUGGAUUUAAGAAGAAAAGUGAUAAAUAGACAUUUAUGAACAUUUUACUGGCGCGCAAAACACAACAAAACGAUUCGAACGACCAGUGAAUAGAGCCCAAUAAAGGCAAGUAGUAACAACGGUAGUGGAAGCAGCAACGGUAGUAGCAGCAGGAUGAAGUCAGGCGUAACAAAACAAAACCCCCCUGCGGGUGGAACCUCCACGCAAUCAGGUGCGAAAGCGGCCGGGGACACGGCCACCGCCGUCGAGGGCACCGAAACGAGCAAUGGAUCCCCCCUGGGUAAGAGCUUCGCGAAUGGUGAUCGAAAGUUUGUGGAUUACUCGAGCAUCCGCGAAAAGACGGUGCUCGUCUGUCCGACAGAGGAUCAGUUUGAUUUGUUGACCAAACGACUAGAGGAACGCAUAUCUGCAAGCCGUGGAGAAACAGUUUACGAGAUUGGUAUCGGCGAGGAUGGCAGCGAGAAUGGGUUGGAAUCGGAGGAGUAUGCGGCUUCGCUUGCCACUCUUCAAUCGCUGGCCACGCUGCUGGAGGCGGAGUGUGUCGAGCUGCGAACGCGGAAGGCCGAGAAAGGAAUGACGGGACAAUAUCUGAUCAGGAGAAAAGUAGAGGAGGACGACUUCACCGAGGUCCGCGUGGCCGUCGUCGGUAAUGUCGAUGCUGGCAAAUCGACCCUGUUGGGAGUGCUGACCCACGGUGAGCUGGACAAUGGGCGCGGAUUCGCGCGGCAACGGCUAUUUCGACAUAAGCAUGAAAUCGAAAGCGGACGUACCAGUUCCGUGGGUAAUGAUAUCCUCGGCUUCGACAGUAUCGGCAAUGUGGUCAACAAACCGGAUCAUGGUACGCUCGAUUGGGUGAAAAUCUGCGAGAAAUCGGCCAAAGUCAUUACCUUUAUCGAUCUGGCCGGUCACGAGCGCUAUCUGAAAACGACGGUAUUUGGGAUGACCGGUCAUGCACCGGACUUUGGAAUGUUGAUGAUUGGUGCAAAUUCGGGAAUCGUGGGCAUGACUAAGGAACACCUCGGACUCGCACUGGCCCUCUCGGUACCGGUGUUUGUUGUCGUGACAAAGAUUGACAUGUGUCCACCGAACAUUCUGCAGGAAAAUCUGAAGCUGCUGUACAAAAUCCUUAAAUCACAAGGCUGCCGUAAGGUACCGGUGAUGGUGAAGACGAGCGAUGACGUUGUGCUGAGCGCCACCAACUUCGUCUCCGAAAGGCUGUGUCCCAUUUUCCAGGUAUCAAAUGUGACAGGGGAAAAUCUGGAUUUGCUGAAAAUGUUUCUUAAUCUGCUGAACGUGCGCACGACAGGCAACGAUACGUUACCAACCGAGUUUCAGAUCGACGACACGUACGCCGUGCCGGGUGUCGGUACUGUUGUGUCUGGCAUCACGUUACAGGGUGUCGUGCGGCUAAACGACACCCUUUUGCUGGGUCCGGAUCCGUUGGGUGAUUUUCAGCCGAUCGCAAUCAAAAGCAUUCACCGGAAGCGGAUGGUGGUGCGUGAGGUACGCAGUGGGCAGACGGCCAGUUUUGCGCUGAAGAAAAUCAAACGCUCCCAAAUCCGGAAGGGCAUGGUCAUGGUGAGCGCAGUACUCAACCCGCAGGCCUGCUGGGAGUUUGAUUGUGAGAUUUUGGUUCUCCAUCAUCCUACAACCAUUUCGAGCAAGUAUGGUCGUUGGUCGGCCAUGGUACACUGUGGCAGUAUUCGGCAAACGGCACAGAUUCUGCAGAUGUCCAAGGAAUGUCUGCGAACAGGUGACAAGGCCGUGGUCAGAUUUAGAUUCAUCAAAAAUCCGGAGUACAUGAAGCCGGGGCAGCGGAUGGUUUUCCGCGAGGGACGCACGAAAGCGGUUGGCAAUGUGCUGCAACCACUGUAUACACCCGGUAGCAUCCAGCAACGGUCGAAACCGAACAAAAUGCAAUCCAAUCGAGGCGUCGGUGCUUCCGGUGGUGGCAGUUCUGGGGGAAGUGGUUCGACAUCGGGCAAGCUCCCGCUCUCGAAGGGUUCCAGUGCAACCGUGGACACGGCAUUGAAUGCCGAAACCGAUUCUGCCGAAACAGCCGUCCUCGACAUUGGCACCGAUAAGCGCAAUCACAAGCCGGGAGGCAGCAAUCACAAAAAGCGGCCGAACCAUGCACCAUCUGCACCCAUUGUCGGCAGCACAAGUGCUUCAGUCCCACCAUCACAACCUGCUGCUGGCCCACCGCCAGGGAACGCAUCAACCGCGUCAGGAACAACGGUUCCAGUAGAUAUGAGCAAGCUUUCCAUCGCUUCCAACUAAAACACACGGCCACAAUCGAUCGAUCGAGCUCUUUACAGCCUUUACAAACAUAAUAUGUUGCAGUGGGUGUUGAUCGUCCUUGAAAAUUCAUCGAAGAUGGCCAUGUUUUAAUUGCGCUUCCUGACAGGUUCCCACAACUCCUUAUCGUGUAUCUUUGGUUUCAAACCUCUUUACAAGCUGAACACAUCACGUACCACAGCCGCCUUUGUUCAUUCCCGGGCACACGUUUAAGGCUAAGCCUCUCUCCCACGGUGCUUGUCCGGUGUUGCUGCCUUUGCAACCGAACCCGACCCCUCGAAUUCACUCGUUACUAGAGUGCCACAAUUCUAACGAUUGCUGCCUGUUUUUUUUCUGUUUCUUAGUUGCUUAUUUUUCUGUUCAAAUAGUUUAGUUCGCCUGUCGACGACGAAUGACCUGUGGAUUCGUUUGCGUUCUGAAUCCGAGAAGUUGUACCAGAAUUUGUAGUAACGUAUCAGGUAAUGGAGUGGUGUGUGCGAUUGAACAAUCCGUGAAAACACACGGAUACGAGGGAUCACCUUUUUCGUUUAAAUAUGUGUAAUUCACAGUGACAAAUGCGAUAACGAGAGAAAUUUCACGAUACCAAUAAAUUUUAAUUACAUUUGAGCCAGGCUA